AUGAGGCACGCAGCGGCCAACCUUGGCCUCACCGAAGGCGCUGGCGCCGCAAACGAUGACGUCCACACGCCGACUUUAAUAUCGCCUCCGGAGUCCAAGACGCCCCCAACUGCGCGCAAUAAGCGCAACAUCACCGCUCCCGGCGCAAUUGGAAAUGGAAAGAGCGCGGAAGCUAUAGACGCCGCUGCAUUGAACAAGGCGCUGGAAUCCUUUCAACAGGUGGGCAGACAGCGUGACCCCACGCCUGGACUGAGCCCUAGCAGAAAAAGACAGAGGGUCUAUGGCGACAGAUUUAUUCCAAACCGGUCUGGGCAAGACUUUCCUGCAAGUUUUAGCUUGUUGCACGAGGAUGGCUCUCCCGCAACUCCCUCAAAGUCGGCAAAAAGAACGCCCCACAAUGAACUUCACUUUCAGAAAACUGAAGAAGCCAACCGCACAUACUCAAGUCUCCUCCGUUCGGAGAUGUUCGAUGAUACAAUUCCUCAGAGCAUCUCACUGAAUGAAGGCACCACCUAUCAUGACCCAUCACGGUCAAAAACACCACCGGGACGAUCGUCGCUGCCUACUACUAGUCUCACACCGUCUACCCCACACAAGAACCUUUUCUCCUACAUGUCUCCACGGCAUGCAAGCGCUUCAGGUCAUCCCACCCCGCACAAGACCCCGCACCGUCAUGGACCGAACCUAAACGCUCGGUCUGAGCUUUAUAGCCUUUCGCCAGUAAAACGAAGCAGUCAAGUCAUGCUUCUCAGCCCCAGGAAGACGCCUAGGGCCGUUAGUAAGGUGCCAUACAAAGUGCUUGACGCGCCCGAUCUUGCCGAUGAUUUCUACCUUAAUCUUGUGGACUGGGGCAGCCAAAACAUUCUUGGUGUGGGCCUUGGUCAGUGCGUUUAUAUGUGGAACUCGAGUUCUGGCCGGGUAACCAAGCUCUGUGAGCUCCCGGACGACACGGUGACUAGUGUCAACUGGAUUCAAAGAGGCUCGCAUGUCGCCAUUGGCACAAACAAGGGGUUUGUCCAGAUCUGGGAUGCCCAAACGCAGCGUCGUCUCCGAACCAUGACCGGCCACACGGCCCGGGUUGGCGCUCUUGCGUGGAACGAGCAUAUUCUCACUUCAGGUUCGCGUGAUCGUUUGAUUUAUCACAGAGAUGUGCGACAGCCAGAUCAAUGGCUGCGGAAGCUUGUCGGUCACAAGCAGGAAGUUUGCGGUCUCAAGUGGAACUCGGAAGAUGGCCAGCUUGCAUCCGGUGGAAACGACAACAAGCUCAUGGUGUGGGAGAAGCUCAACGCAGAACCCACCUUCAAAUGGAGCGAACACGUGGCUGCUGUCAAGGCCAUAUCCUGGAGCCCGCACCAGCGUGGUCUGCUUGCUUCCGGCGGAGGUACCGCAGACCGCACGAUCAAGUUCUGGAACACGCAAAUAUCACCCCACGGGCCGUCAUCGGCUGCUAUGGCUGCCCAGGCCUACCAACAUUCGAAUCCCGCCUCUCCCACCAAUACGACUACCCCAGCGAACUUGAUAAGUAGCCUGGACACAGGGUCCCAGGUCUGCAACCUUGCGUGGUCCCGCAACAGCAACGAGAUUGUUUCGACACACGGUUAUAGCCAAAACCAGAUCAUCGUCUGGAAAUAUCCGUCCAUGCAGCAAGUUGUCAGCCUCACUGGCCAUACCUACCGUGUUUUGUACCUUGCCAUGAGCCCUGACGGCCAAGUGAUUGUCACCGGAGCAGGUGACGAAACGCUCAGGUUCUGGAAUGCCUUCAAAAAGAAGGAACGAGCCGGAGGUCUUGGCAUUGUUGAGGAUUGGGGUGUCAUCAGAUGA